GCACAUCCCAUAUACCAGGAUUAAUCCAGAAAUACCAACAUGAACUUCAACCUGAUCUUCGUAUUUGUGGCUCUCAUCAUGGCCAUUAGCCUGGGACAGUCGGAAGCUGGUUGGCUCAAAAAGCUUGGCAAGAAAAUUGAACGUGUUGGACAGCACACUCGAGAUGCCACUAUCCAGGGUCUGGGAAUCGCUCAACAGGCCGCCAAUGUCGCAGCAACUGCUAGGGGAUGAAAUUUUGAAUCUUUAAAACUAACUUUAAAUUAU